AUGGCUUUUAUUAGACGGUGUUUGCCCCUUUUAAUAAAAGGCGUAAACCAUAUUCCACUAGCCAAUCAAGAGAAAAGUAUCCAUCGUUGGGUCGCCCCUACACUAAUGGAAUUGAAAAGGCGAGAAAAAAAACAAGGCGGUAAAAUAACAAAUCCACGGAAUACCUUUCUUGAGUGGAAUUUAGAAGCUGAAUUAUUUGCAUUUGGAAAACGUUUGGGUGAGGAUUUCGACUCCAGCUUACUUCUACAAGCUUUUACCGACCGUUCAUAUGUAAUUAAGGAAGAAAUGAAACAGAAGGAAAUGGAGUUCGCGGUUAAAAUGAAGGACAAUAGAGAGCUAUCAGAUGAAGGAAUGAAGUUCAUGGACGAUUAUGUGCAAUUGUACUUAGAAGCUGUAUUGCCCAAAUUUCCUAAAGAAGGAAUAAUCAGUGUUAAGAAGCAUCUUUUAAGUGAAAAUGUGUUGGCAAAUAUAUCUCUUCAUUUGGGAACAAAAGACAUUAUAUUAGCUGCUGAGUAUCCAGUCGACAACUAUACAUUGGCAAAUACAUUUAAGGCACUAGUGGGAGCCUUACAUCAGUCAUCUGGUGAAGAUAAAACAGCUCAUUUUGUUAGAGAUUUUGUUAUCACUCAGCUACAAGGUCAAGAUGUAAAUGAAUUCUGGCAAAUUGAAGAUCCUUGGACAAUGCUUACAGAUCUUAUUAACAAAACUGGAGCUUCUAUUGAACCAAGACUCAUUGGUGAAGUUGGCAAAGGAACAUUACUAGCUUGUUACAGAGUAGGACUCUAUAUUGAUAAAAAUAUGCUUUCUGCAGGUUUUGGAGAGUCAAUUUCUGUUGCUAAAGAGAUGGCUGCUAGGGAAGCAUUAAAAAAGCUAUUUGGAACUGAAGAAAAUAUGCACCCUAUUAAUUUCAACUUGCAAAUUAUACCCAAGGACAGUUCUAGAUCUCAACACCAAAUAGGAUCAAGUUAA